AUGUCUUCCGAGACUUUGCAAAUGUGUUUUUCGCCAGAAGAUGAUGUAAAGCUUGCUGAACUGGUGAGCAAACAUCCAUCUUUAUUUAAUGCAGGACAUGAACUGUACAACGACCAAGUGGUAUAUCGUAGUCUAAUAAAGUACUUUGAACAUUCAUAUAUAAUUGGUAGACAAGUUAUGAAAACAAGAGGAAGACCAAGAAGAGAACCAGUUUACACGCCACCACUUUUCCCUCCAGAAUUAUGGUGUGUAGCUGAAAGGUUAUCAUCAGGAUUGCCCAGGACGACAAAUACUGCAGAAUGCUGGCAUAGAAAAUUAAAUAGAUUAAUAUCGCCACAUCCGGGACUACAUAAAUUAAUCAAAACCUUACAAUCUACUCAAAACGAAACUGAAGCAGUAAUUGAGAUGCUACUUUAUGGGCGCAGUAAUAAAAAAAUGAAAAUUCAAGUCCAAUCCCACAAUAUACGUUUAAAAGAAGUGCAACAAAGAUUCUUAGCUGAUCCAGGUUAUGAUUUACUAGAGUAUUUAAGAGGAAUAGCACAAAAUUUAAAAUUUUAAUUAUUCACUAUAUUAUAUUGUUUAUACUAAACUAAUACUUAUAAGUUAUACUAGUAUAUUAUAUACCUACAAAUUAUU